CCUCACCCCCCCCCCCCCCCUCCACACACACACACAUAUAACCAUAACCAUGGCAUUCCAGGUUGCGGUGACGGAGAGCGUGAGUGUGGGACUUGUCAGCCACCGACAUGUCCCUGCCCUCUUUGCCGCCGUCGACAGCACCCGGACACGGCACCACCUGCGGGCAUGGCUCCCAUGGGUAGACACUAUUCGUGAUGAGGACUCGGUCAAGGCGGUUGUCUCUGCCUCUCUUGCACAGUUUGUUGGGGACCGCGGCGCCAUGUACGGCGUGUGGCUCGGUGCAGACCUCGUCGGGAGCGUGUCGUGGAGCGUGUCGGCUCCGGCGCAUCCGCAGACGGCCGAGCUCGGAGGCUGGCUGGUGCCCGACGCGGUCGGCAAGGGCAUCAUGUCGCAGUCGAUGGCGUACGUCGUCCGGUACUUGUUUGACUCGCUUGACUUUGUCCGCCUUGAGCUGCGGAUUGCCACACACAACACCCGUGGCCUGGCGCUGGCUGAUGCACUCGGCUUUGUCCGCGAGGGCACUCUCCGCGAGGCGGCGCUGGUCAACGGGCAGGCCCACGACGUUGCCAUGUUCUCGCUGCUGCGUGCAGAGUGGCGUGCUGCCACCCUCGCCAAGGAAGCCAAGGUCGAGGAGGCCAAGGCUGCCGCCGACGAGGCGCGUGCCAAGAAGCGCGCCGCCCUCACCUCGGGCCCGUCCAUCUUUGACGGCUCUGUUCCGCUGCCCGCGCCCGUUGCGGGUGCGAAGAAAAAGAAGGCGGCGUCGGCCCCGGCGUCGGCUGCUGCUGCCACUCCGACCAUCUUUGACGACGGUGCGCGCCCGCGAUCGGCCAAGGCGCCAGCCAAGUCGCCGUCUAUCUUUGGCGAGACGACAACCGCGUCAGCGCCGGCUAAGACUCAGGUCAAGGCGCCAGCCAAGUCGCCGUCCAUCUUUGGCGAGACGACGACCGCGUCAGCGCCGGCCAAGGCGCCGGCCAAGGCGCCAUCCAUCUUUGGCGAGACGACGACUGCCCCCGCGCCGACCGCCUCGCCCGCACCCGUGCCAGUCAAGACCUCCAACACACUCCUCGUGGCGUCGUCGUCCGACGGCGAGAGCGAGGAUGACGAGCCUGCGGCGCCCGCGCCCGCACCAGCUCCGGUGCGUGCGCCAGCCUCCAACGUCGCGUCGCUCUUUGCCACCGACGACGGCGACGAUGACGAUCUGUUCGGCGGCGCCCUUCCGGUGGCCAAGAAGCCCGCGGCGACCAAGACGACCUCGCUGUUUGGUGACGACGACGACGGCGACAGCGACUUUUGGUUCUGACCGGCGUGUGCUCUGCAACGGGUCACGGCGAGAUAUGCGUUUAGUCUACGACGAAGUGGCGACGAUGCGGAGGACCUGGCGGUCGAUGGAGGCGCCGUCGGCCGCGGUAAAAACAGUGUCGACGG